AUGCGCCUUGCUCAUUACGAAGCAACGGCGAUGAGGGAGAUCCCCGCCACUAUGAAACAGGUGCAGUUCGACGCUACCCUGAAAUAUAAUGAGAGCCAUCAAUUAUAUCGCCCUGUCACCGAACCCGCUUACGUCGGAGAGCCGACCCCGGAGAUUGAUGCGGCAUGGAAAGACCUCCUCGGGGCUAUAAAUGUCUUCGUGACUCCCAAAGAAGAAAGUCAGUUGGGAGGAGGCUUAUGGCUUGACCCUGAAACCGGGUUGCACAUGGCGCAGGUGUCUGUGUUCCACGACCUUCACUGUAUAAACAUGCUCCGCCAAUCCCUAUAUCUGGACUAUUACUCAAACUUGAAAGAUUCAACAUGGCAAGCUCAUGUUGAACAUUGCAUCGAUGCCCUUCGACUUAGCCUUAUGUGCGCCGGAGACAUGACGUUCAUUCCAAUUAAAUGGUCGGAAAACAGGAACUGGAUCAUGCCUAUAUUCGAGACUGUUCACAGCUGUCGCGACUACGACGCAUUGAAGAAGUGGUCAAGCGAUCGAGAUGCCGCGGAUCCAAAUCUGUUGUAUAAGAAUGCGGCCAGGCUGCAUGCGAAGGGCAUUUGA